AAUGUAUUUUUAUUUGUUUGUCGGUUGGUUUUUCUGCAUGAAUAUUUAACAACCUCUGUUAUUGGACAUCGGACCCCAUAGUUGCUCGGGAACACCCGUCUUUAUGAGAAGCGGGUACUUCUUAUAGCCUAUAAUUCCGUCACGAAGGAAGGAAGGAAGGAAGGAUCUUCUCAGUUGGAUUUGAAAUCGUUACACGUCUACGACCGUGUACUACAGAGUCAAGCGGUGCGACGUGUGUCCGGGAUGAGCGCCGGGCCUGGGCCGAACACCUUACGAUCCGAACAGGCUUUUAUGAUUACAGCAGCAGGUCUUGGGUGCACAUCUGAGUUUAUCCGCUGAAGCCGAGCCAUGAAAACCUCCUUGGGGCUCCUCGCCACAAUACUGUGGUACCUGUCACCAAGUCUCUCGUGGGCUGCUAAGAUCAUUGUGGUCCCUCCAAUAAUGUUCGAGAGCCACCUGUACAUCUUUAAGACACUGGCAUCAGCACUGCACGCGGAGGGCCACGAGACGGUGCUGCUGGUGUCGGAGGGGCGAGACAUGGCGCCUUCGGAGCACUACCGUCUGCAACGCUACCCAGGUAUAUUCAACAGCUCAUCAGCGGCGGAUGACUUCCUGCAGUCCAAGGUCCACAACAUCUUCUCGGGCCGCCCAACACCGCUGGAGCUCUUCGACAUCUUGGAGCACUAUGCGCAGAACUGUGACUGUGUGGUGGGCAGCAGUUCGGUGAUGGCACAGCUGCGGCAGGAACGCUUCGACUUGCUGCUUGUUGACCCGAACGAAAUGUGUGGCUUCGUGCUGGCGCACAUCCUGGGUGUGCCCUAUGCCGUCUUCAGCACAGGCCUGUGGUAUCCAGCGGAAGUGGGCGCGCCGGCACCGCUCUCCUACGUGCCCGAGUUCAACUCUCUGCUAACGGACCACAUGACGCUGGUGCAGCGUGUGACCAACACUGUUGUGUACUUGGCAUCACGUAUCGGAGUGCAACUACUUGUUCUGCCCAAGUAUGACCGCAUCAUGUGGCGUCACGCUGUGCAGCCGCCAGCCUCCAUGCAUGACCUGGUGCAGGGCAGUCGUCUAUGGAUGCUGUGUACAGACUUGGCUCUAGAGUUCCCUCGGCCCACGUUACCACAUGUCGUCUACGUUGGCGGAAUCCUCACCAAGCCACCGAGCCCUCUGCCACAGGAAUUCGCAGAAUGGCUGAACGACACGGACGAGCACGGGUUCGUGGUGGUGUCGUUCGGCGCUGGGGUGAAGUACCUCUCUGACGACAUCAGUUACAAGCUGGCAGGAGCGCUGAGCCGUCUAUCUCAGAAAGUCAUCUGGAGGUUUUCUGGAGUUCCCCCGAGGAACCUGGGCAAGAACACAAAACUAGUGGAGUGGAUGCCACAGAAUGACCUGUUGGGACACAAGAACACGAGGGCGUUCCUGAGCCACGGCGGCCUGAACAGCAUCUACGAGGCCAUGUACCACGGCGUGCCCGUCGUCGGAGUGCCCCUCUUCGGCGACCACUACGACACCAUGACACGGGUGCAAGCCAAAGGCAUGGGCAUCAUGCUGGAGUGGAAGAAAAUGAGCGAGGAGGAUCUUUACACGGCCAUGCUUAACGUCAUCACGGACACAAGGUAUCGAGAGAAAGCGCUGAAGUUGUCCGAGAUCCACAAAGAUCAACCCGGCCAUCCGGUGACGCGUGCCGUUUACUGGAUCAGCUACAUCCUGCGGCACCGCGGCGCCGAGCACCUGCGCUCGGCCGUCUACAACGUCCCCGUCUACCAGUACUUCCUGUUGGACGUCGCCACCGUCCUGGGGGCCGGCUUGUUCCUCGUCUGCUACUGCGUGUACUGGAUAGUUCGGCUCGCCCGCUCCUGUUUGAGGAGGCGCAAGGCAUCGGCGGAAAAGGCCAACGGACACUGUCACAACGGCAUCGCAAACGGCAAGCACAAACGCAACGGCCACGUCAAGAGCCUCGACAAGAAACUCAAAUAACAAACCUAGGCAAAACAAACAAACAAACAAACAAACACGAAUAGACACCGAAGCUAUACUAAAAGGGGAAAAAAACUAACGACAUGCCACGUGCGACAGGAAAUAAACUCACCGGUGAACAGACCCAACAAAUAAACAAAACAAGACGGAGGCAUGAGCUGAAAGCCAAAUGGAACGGGGGAAUAUUAACUAGUCGCCCUCCUGAUGAUGAUGUCUCAAGUUUCAGGUGUCUGUAUAGAAUAACUGUAUUUAUUUUUCAACUAAUUUUUGGAAAUCUUCCCUUGCUUAUCUAUACCGAAGGUGCUCACGUCCCCUAAAUAUGCUUGUUUUCCGCUCGCUAGACAUCGUACACACGACAGCCGUCGCUAAAGAGCUCUUAGAGUGAUGAAGAAAACAAUCCACCCUGAAUGACUUCGAUAAUUCUAAACUGAAUGUGAUCUUCCACGGUGCGAAAGACGUCUCUUACGAUUCAACGCCGGUUUCAGAUUUAAAGCGCACCUAUUAUGGUUUUGAAACGGGUCUAGUUUUGUUUUAAAGGUCUCCCACGGGCAUCCGAGGUCAAGAAACACUUUAACGUGCUCAUAAUUUAAACCGCAGCAUUACUUCUUUCCCCCAGUUUCACAAACGACUCGUUAAACGAUCCGUUCUAAACGAUUCGUCCAUACUCUGCUCUGAUUGGUCAGACGUCCCAUUGUUUCUACCGCCGUCGACGUGUUUAAGAAAGGAAACGCCCACUACCGUCACAAGUUUCAGCUCCGUCUGUGAGCGAGCGGCCGAUGAAGAGCAGAGGCGGGGCUUUUUGUUACAAACCCACGUACGUCAGUACAGGAAGUAGAGUCUGGAACCGCUGACGACUCGAUUCAGCCGUUCGGAAUCGAUUCCUUCGUUUGGGAGUCGGUAAUUCCGUCGCUUUGAUUUUUGAAACUCUGCAGACUUUUUUACAUUCACAAACAGCUACGUCGAUAACACACCGCACGAGACGGAAUGUUUGAAAAACCCAUAAUAGGUGCGCUUUAAUUCCUCGUCACGAUGGCCUGUUUAACAGGUUCCAACGUUACCCACAAUGCCGACAGUGACGAUAGUCACGCAGUUGGACUUCAUCCCUACGUAAUCUUUUAGUCCAUCUGUACACAAAACCGAUCAGCUUUCAGAGUUUUUAAUGCUAACACCGGCAUUGUAACUGCUACACACACCAGCAGGGUGGAACUUUUCCUUAACCCUCCUAUUAUGUUAUGAGUCAGUUCGAAACGUUUCCACGCUUGACAUGACACUCUGCUCAAUCUCUCUUUCUCACUCGGACACUUAUUUAUUUAUUUUUUUUGUCCUUCCACGCAGAUAUUUCUUCUCACGGCUCGUCUCAGACCAGCCAUAAUAAAGGUUUACUCUUUUCUUUGCCGUUUCUGCGCGUGUUUAAACCGUGGAAGUCAUUUCGACUCCUAAAAUAAUGGAUGUAACUUUUUUUUUUCUCUCUCUCUCUCUCUCUCUCUCUCUCUCUCUCUUCUCCGAACUUAAUAGGAGGGUUAAUGCUAAUAAGGCAGUGCGAUUUUGAGAAACCGUGUAUAAGUGCUGCUGCUAACAGGUAACACUAGUUCGCCAUAGAGCAAGCCCACCUGCCAUUUUUUUUUUUCUUUCUAGGACCUUUAAAAACGUCGUCGAAAUGAGAUUCUUCAAAGCGUAGACGUGUCCGUUUCAAGGGUGUAGACGUGUUUUCGAAUUCUAGGCAAUAGUCAUAGAUCAAAAUGUUCCCGCUACUGCUUUUAUCUUAAAUAUAAUAGGAAAACGCACGGUUUUUUAAUCUUCUGCUACCUUUCUUUUUUCCCGCUCUCUUUCAUUCUGCCUUGAGGCAUUAAACUCGUGUGUGCGUGUGUGUGUGUGUGUGUGUGUGUGUGUGUGUGUGUGUGUGCGCGCUUGUAUGAAUGAACAAAACAGGUUUGAUUGUUGAUGUGUAGAAUAAACAAAGUGCUGAUGUAUGUUCUGUCGCUUCUCACAGAGGGGGUGUGUCCUAUGAGGCCUUCUAUUGUAAAUCUUUGGUACUGUAGCUGAAAUUGAAAUCCCAUGAUCCUCCAUGCCUCUUUGGAACCAGCCUUUUCUUUUUUUUUUUUUUUUUUUCUUUUCUUUUUUUUUUAAAAAAUGUUUUUAUUUUGUUUAUUAUUUUUGUUGUUGUUGUUGUUGUUGUUGUUGUUGAGCUGUGAUCUUUUAGAGUUGGUCCUUUUAGCACUGCUGCUUGAAAAGUUCCAAUAACAUUUCAUACGAAUGGGAAGGACCUGUACCUGUACCGUCCGAGCGAUCGGGCUCCGGUUAGAAACAACAGACCUUCGCAGCGGAGGGAAAAAAAAAAAAAAAAACCCCAAAAACGAUACCGACUGACAUCUCAAUCCAGAGAACGUGUCAGAUCGCGUAACGAUAAUAAUAUAAAAAAAACAAAACAAACAAACAAACGUGUAAAUGAUUGACGGAAACGCAACACUUCGGCCAUUUUCACUGUGAGCUUUAGGCAUUUCGCCAGCCAAGCACUGUUUUUAACGACGUCCAUACUUGAACAUUGUACUGUACGUGGCUUCGAAAUGGCUGCGAAUGCAAAUAAGCUAUGACUGGAGAAAUGGCCACGCCCAGAAAUUCCUUUUAAUCCAUUCAGCCAUCACUUUCUGCUUACUUUUUGGGUCAUAAUUACAGUAUUAAUAGACGCCUGAUAGCGGAAGAAAUAACUAGUUGCGUAAUGUAGUGGAAAGUAAGUAUACUGUACACGAGCAACUAUACUGUGUGUGUGUGUGUGCGUGCGUGUGCGCGCGUCCAGCGCUCUCUUUAUACUGCUAAUUCGAAACAUGCUACAAGAAAAUUUCCCCCGUUCGUUUCUCAACCCUUUCUUUCCUUUUACUGUCCGAUCCCAUCAAGUUGAUGCCUGCUUACACGUUUUUUUUUUUUUUUUUUUAAGUAAUGAUUUAAAUAAAUAGUGUCUGUGUGUCUGUUGUAAUGUAAAUAUAGUAUGUAAACAAAAAUACUAAUGUUAAAAUAAACAUUAAAUAUUUUGUUUGCCUAAAA